GAUGCUUCUCCGUGAAAUCAAGAGAAUACUAAUGUCAUCUUCUAUUUCUCCCCCGCGGCUCCCCCGCAGGGCUAAAAACCAACAAGUCUACGCCUGCGACCGGUGCAAUGCAAGUUUCCGCCGCCAGGACCACCUGCACCGACACUACCGCGCGCACACCAAGCAACGGCCCUUUGCGUGUCCGGUGUGCUCCAAGGGCUUUGCUCGUCGGGACCUAAUGGUCAGGCACAAGAAGAAUCACAGUGGCAGUCCCAAUAUAAGGCGAGAAUCCUUGGACUCAUCCGCCAACGUCAAAUAUCGCGUUGCUCAGGCGUGCAGACGCUGUGCUUCGUCCAAGCUGAAGUGUACAGACCAGAAGCCGUGCCAGCGAUGCCAGAAUAAGAAUAUACCCUGUGAAACGACUGCUGUGCCUGAUCCUUUUGUGGAGCAUGGACCCUCUGGCGACAACAGCAAUGCCCCAUCCUCGUCUCCCGGCGGACAGCAGAACUCAACCACCAGCGAAUCCACUAUCGCUGGCAUCCAACCCUUCUGUAAUUCAUUCAGUCUGCUUCCAUUCGGCGGAGAGGACUGUAGUUUCAGCACUGGCGAUACGCUCGACCUGAGCGAUAUGGAUUUCUCGUUCCUGAACUCCAUCAGCACCUUCACUGAUAUGGACAGCCCUUGCGUAGUCCCGCCGCCAAACGAAACCAUGUCGCCCAUCAUGCCCAUGCGAUCACAGGUAUACAAGCUCUCAUCCGUUGUCCAAGGCUGGAUGCCCCUGUCAACCGAGAACUCACACAUGGAGCAAGCCCACCUCUCGAUCAACGGAGAGGUUCCCGGCUUCACUCCGCAGACCGACACCACCAGUAUACUGGUCCAACCCUUCCCUCACUUCGUACGCGACCGCGUCCUCAAUAUGGUUUUUAUUGCAUAUUCGGAUCGAAAUCCUCGCAUCGUCGAGUCAUUUCCGAGUUCCGAGGUCCUCUUCAAGCUUGCAAACCGGUAUAUCACCCGCAAGAAGGUGAGACACAUCAAUGAUCUGAUCCAUAUUCCCACAUUCGACUGGAAUAGCUCACGGCCGGAGCUUAUCGCCGCCAUGAUUGCGAUGGGAGCCGUGGAUAGUCCAUCGGUCACACUGAGGAAAUUCGGUUUUGCCCUGCAGUUGACGGUGCGGCGGGCGACGAUGCAGCGAUAUGAAGAGGACCACACAACAAUGAGAGCACUAGACAUGGCCCAGGCAUUUCUCCUGCAGCAGUACAUGGGCAUCUUCAGCGGAAUUUCACGCAAGAUCGGCCUAGCAGAAAGCUGCUUCAUGAUAGUCCCCACAAUCAUCUCGCAGGCCCGGAGACUCCUCCUUCUAGACGCCGAGCCGUAUUUUGACGCAGCUCUAGAGAGCGACUGUGUUGAAAGGCUGGACAGUAUUUGGCGUCGCUGGUGUGAACAGGAAUCUAUGCGGAGGCUAAUAUAUCACUCCUUCGUCCUCGACUGCCACACCUCUAUCACCCGGAAUACCAAUCCCACUCUGUCGUAUGCCAGCAUGGACAUACCUCUUCCCUGCCCCAAGCAACUCUGGCACGCAGAAACUGCAGCCAUAUGGAAGGAUGGAGUUCUCAAGCUGUCCUCACCAGCGCCCCCACCGUCAUUGAAGGAGCUGAUCCAGGAUCCCCAACUCCUGGGUACAUGCAAAGACCGCGUCGACACCCCCUUUAUGCAGUCCGUCUACCUCAGCGGGAUGUGGUCCAUGGUUCGAGAAUACCGCCAGCUCAGCAGCAUUGCCGCCGGGUCCAGCACAUGGAACACGCUCGUGCUCUCAUCCCGGCACGCAGAGCUGCAAUCAGUCAUGAAGCUUUUCCCCCUGAAUAGUUGCAGCAGUGGUCCGCUAACUCCGGAAAUCGCUUUCCUCUACAACCUGGUCUCGAUGCACCUCCACGUCUCCUUCAACGAUCUCCAACCAUCAAGCGUGGGAGAGAGUUUCCGGGAGGAAUUCAAGACCGCGGUUUACGCCGAGUCGUGGAUGCAG